AUGGAGGAGGAGAAGUUCCUGAUCAAGAGACAAGCUCCUCCUCCUCUCCCUCUCACUCGAUCUGAGAGUCUGCAGAGGUCCUCUGGUCCGAUCCUGAGACUGAGGAGGCAGCAGGAUGCGGGGGAUGCUGGGAGUGGAGGACAAGGGAAGAUUCAACGACCCUCGGUGCUGAAUGAGUACAUGGCAUUCGCAAAGAACAGGAUGGAGAGGCUCAAGGCCUCUGCUCCUGUCCGUCCCUUCCCCUCCUUGCUCGCCGAACAGAGCGCGAUCGAGUUCAUGCAGACGUCACAGUGGCAAGAAUCACGGAAGAACCCUUACGCGGAUGUGGAGGAUGCGAUCAAGAGGAAGAAGUCGCGAUGGAGGACGAGGAGGAUCGUGAACAUGGAGCUGAAGAAAAGUUUACCGACCUGCCCUACAUCGACCAGGAUGACGCUCACAUCGUGA